AUGUCGCAUGGUCGACCGAACGGCUACCCAAUUAUCCCGGAGCGGUACCAGGUGAACGAUGAAGCCCUGCAUGAAUACGAUAGGCAGCGGGAAAUACACGAAUGCGAAGCUUUAAUUCAGCAGGCCCAACUGAGGAAGCAACAACUGCUGGGCCUUACCUCGAGUUCACAACGUCCACCAAACCCAAUGGUAGAGAUGGAGCCAAGUGCAGGGCGAACUCAGGAAGUACCUUCUGGUGGUGCUCAGACGGGUCAGAGGCAAUUCUCCCCCUAUGGUUUUCCUGCGUCGAAUAUGCAUUCUCUUCCUCAAGCUGCCCACCCCUCUACUGUGCAGCCCUAUCAUUAUGCGGCAACGUACCCGUAUGGAGAAGUCUGGUCUGUCGAUCAGCAAUAUUUUGGUAACCAGCCGGGGAUCGCGAAUGGGGCGUAUGUAGAUCCCAGAAGGUCACAGAUGGUCCAUAUCCACAAUGGUCAUCAAGGCGUUGGAGGGCAACAACAAGCUAUUCAAAUGCCCCCUGCGUCUCCUGCACAUCUAUCCACCCAACAUGCAUCUACAUCGUCUCUCCCAGUUGGUGUUACAGCGGGGCGAACUGUUAACCAGCAACCUGUCCAUAAAGUCCAUCCACCGAUGCCCCGUCAACUACACGCCUCGGGCUCUACCCAAGCAACAUCUUCAACCAUGCGACUGGGCCAGGCCAAUCUCCCCCCGUAUCAGCCAUACAAUCACUUCCAAUCGUCCGGACCUGUUGUGACUGUGUCAACUUCUGUAGGUUCUGGCCGAGCAGACAAAGGGAAUACUAACACUACAAAGCAAGACGUCGUUGCGUUCAACUCCGCUACACCUAGUCUUCCACCGCCCUCCGCCGCAAAGGUUUCUGCCCAAGCUCAAAUCCCUACUCCUCCACUUGCUUCUGUUCCGAAGUCUUCUUCCACAGCCAAACAAGUUGGUGGUGCUUUCAAGAAUAACUCAACGUCUUCUCAAUCCUCUGCUGUGCCUAGUCCCACGGUUGACUAUGUCCUCAACUGCAUGGCCAAGGUAAGGAACUGGGCCAAAACAGCUCCUCCGAACUCUUUGUCCGAAAUAUCCGAGAGCAAGCAGUGGAGAGUUUAUAAGGAUGAUCAAUCUAUGGUCCGUAUUGUCGUCGACACGAAGAAUGGGACCGAAGUUCAUUCAACGGACAAGUUCUUCCAUGAACUGCUGGCGAAGGCCAGGCUGAUGGACCAAUAUGGUUCUCAAGUUCAGCCUCAGCAAACGCUCCUGCAGACUCCACGAGUUCCCUCAGGGCCGCAGCCAGCACAAGUCCUGGCAGCUGUGAAGGCAUCCACUGAACCACUAUCAGCUCAACGACUAGUUCAAGUAACACUUCCUGCGUCGGCCCCAGCUGGGCGCCCUGUUCGUCAUCAAGCUCCAGCACAGGUGCCGGCGGCUGCGGUAAUUACGAUUCCGACUACUCCAGCUGUUCGGCCUUCGUCUCCUAUGAAGGACGUGCCCAAGACUCUUGUUGGUAAUAAUUGGCGCUCACCACGGGAUGCCAAUCUUAAACAUCUCGCUCGAGACAUCUUGUUGGCUCUCAAACGCCCAGCUGAACCUGAUGAACGCCCAGCGAAGAGGCAGGCUGUGGAAUCGAUGGUUCUGGCCCAGGAGGGAGCUGGCGGGUUGGAUACGGCAGUUCCUGUGACCGUACCAGUUGAAAGGCCUGCUAUCGUUUCGGCUGUUUCAGCCUCAACCACGACAACCGUACCAGCUCCUGCUGUUUCGGGUGCGCCUGUCAGCGAAACACCUCACAUGCAGGCCGUGGGGUCUGUACCGGCUGCGACUGUAACAACUACUCACCCGACAAGUCAAUCGGCUGCAGCAACCGUAACCCAAGCCGUAAAUGCCGCAUAUGCAGCCAACGACCAAACCCAACUACCUUCGUCAUUCAAAGGGUCUGCUGCCAUACCGAAUACUGCGAUGCGGCUGGUGCCAGGACAAGCCUCCACAUCAGCCGUAGAGCCGUUGCCACUGCCGCCUUCGAGGAAUCCUACCAGCGCGUCUACCGCAGCGACCUCAAAAUCGACAACAGCUCCGCGUCAACAAGCUACCGAUAAGCAACCUACUGCAACAAUACAACCCCAAACAACAGUCCCAGCGCCUUCCAGUUUGUCUACACCCUAUGGGACACCGACCCGACCUUUCUUGUCGGGCUCCUUCCAGACCCAACCACCUGUUACCGAGCCAACGCCUUCGCCCGCUGUUGGUACCAUGCCCGCACCUGCGCCAUCUUACAACUACUUCCAUUCGGGUGCCACGCCAUACCACAUGUUGUCUACUAUGUCUGCUCAGCCUAUGUUUCAAAGGUCGCAAGCUGUAUUUUCUAUUUCGUCUGCACCGUCAGCGAGCAAGCCGCCGCCCAAGGUCGACCUGUCAACUCUGAAGAAGAAUCCUGCAUCUACUCCGGGCUCGUCGAAGACAAAGGUUCCGUCCACGCACACAUCGUCUUCUACCAACGCACCAAAAGUUGCAAAUCUUGUCGACGCCAUCGAGUCGCGUACUUCUGGAAAGGCAUUACCCAGAAAGACUAACCUGGCAAAUUCAAGCUCUCUGAAGUCAGUGGCGAGUGCUUCACGUGUGACGCCACUCCAAGCCGCUUCGAGUGCCGUCAUCGACUUAACCUCGCCCGAGCCAGGGCCGGCGGCACUUCAAAAAAAGGAACCUCUUUUCCUGCCGUCACCGUCACCAGAGCCGCGGAUGUCAUCCCGAAGGGAUUCAGUCUCUUCCAUCGAAGAAAUCGAGUCACUUGCCCUGCCGCCAGGUGCGACGAAGGCGCGUCACCAGAAGACUAAGGCGAGGAGGAAGAUCCCCUACAUACUUGUACCCCCGCCCCCCGACUACCUCGUCGCGUUAAGGGAAUACGAACGGAAGAAAGCGGAACGUCGCGUGGCUCCGAGCGGGUCGGAAAUCGUGAUUCGUCGGCGCACGACUACUAAUGCGACCGCGUCUGCGUCGACGUCGGCUUCAGCGGACCAGUCGCGAUCAGGGUCGUCAUCUCGAGCUGGAGUAGAAGACCAGUGGAAUUACUACCCGCUUGAAAGUCGGCCGGAUUCUGAGUCGUCCGCUGACCCCGCUGAAAGAGAAGCCAUUCAAUUGGCUUGUACCAGAGUGCAAGAGAUGUCAUGCCGUUGGAACGGUUGUGAUGUUGUCUUAAACUCUGUGAAGUCCUUGAUUCGACAUCUCAAUGAGCAACAUAAACCUCCGCGGGCACAGCUAAAUUAUUUUACGUGUCUGUGGACUCAGUGUGGCCGCCGAUGUGAUUACAGAGACAAACACUUCGAGAAGCAUGCGAUGUCCCCUCUUCGUUGCGCAUAUCAAGACUGUAACGAGUCGUACCGAACUGGUGGUCAGCUACUCAAGCAUUUCAAAGCUAAACACGAAAAAGACAAACUGAGGCCUUCCGCCAAGCCCGCCCUCCCCACACUCAAGCCAGUGGGUGCGCUGCCCGGUAGCCUUCCCGCUUUCUUGAUCGUUACAGGGCCGGUAAAAUCGUGGCCGAUUUCGCAGCAGCGUCAUGCGUUACUGGGACCCUGGGUGCUCCGCAACAUCGUUGAAUCGGAUCAAGAAAAACCAAGACAGCGCACGAGGAAGACGGCACGGUCUACUGGCGCGCCAGCUAUCGAACCGAGCAACGACUACGAAUUCCUGACCGCUCGCACUACGCGGUACUCGUCGCUAUUAUCGCAACCGGUUGAUAUGCAUCUUGGGGAUCUUGACUCUGCCAGGAUUUCGAAAAUGAUUGACGACGGGCUGACUUUCUGGCCCGGAAAACAAGAGGGAAGCAGCGGAAUGAAGAAGCCGCAACAGCCCCUAUCGCCUACUCGACCAGGACUGGGCAGUGGUGAAGAUGAGGGUGAUGGCAAGCCGAGUUACGAAAGCGAGGCAGUUCGUGCUGGGUUUAGUAGCGAUGAAGAUGCAGUGGAGAACAUGCUGACAGAGCUGUCAUUCGUUGACCGUGCAUAG